AUGCACGCAGACAUUGGCGACCACGAGGCCAUCAUAGACUCUGGUUGCUCCAAGGGCAUGGUCAGCAAGAGACGCCUGGAAAACUUCAAAGCCUUGCUUCAACAGGAAUACCCCGAGCUCUACGUGAGCGAAGGGCCGUCGAACACGAAGUAUCGGUUCGUUGGUGGCGACCCGAAGACGGCGGAAGCCGUUGCAACCGUACUUGUCCAACACCUGAAUGCCACCACAGAGUUCGAAGUGCUGAACACUGGCCCCGAACAGACAAAGGCCACGCCUUUCUUGUUGGGAAAGCCGCAGCUAAAUAAUCUGAAAGCAGUGAUCGACUUCGAAACGGACACCAUGUACUCGAAAACCACAGGCACCACUGUCCAACUGAAAACUUCGAGUGCGGGACAUUACCUGUUCCCUCUCAUGUUGCCCAACAGUGUUGCCGCGGUAGCAACAGAGGCACAUGACUGCGAUUUUGCGCCUCUUACUGACGCAACAGCUUUCGAAACUGUGACCGUUCAAGAGCACCCGAGAGCCUUCGCGGUGUUUCUUCCGCCGCGGCUGGGGGAACUUCGCGCCGACCUUCAGACGGAAGCUGGUCUCAAACGGAUGCACGACAAGCUCGCGCACCCGACCGUGGACCAGUUGAUGCGACGUAUCACUCCUGCCUUGCUUCACGAGAAGUGUCACAGGUGGCAGUCGGUCUACGGAUGGCUCCCGCGCAGCGUUCUUACGGACAACGGCGGCGAGUAUCAGACCAAGGAGGUAGAAACGUUCUUGAUGCAUCACGCCACAAGGCAUUUUUGGAUUCCUCCUCAUACUCCCGCCUUUGCGGGCUUAGUAGAGCGCCGCAACGGCGUGCUCAAAAUGGUUUUCUACAAGCUCGCCGAAAACUUCAAAACGGAACUGAUCAGUGGCACUCUGACGCCGACGGACGUCAUGUUCCAGGCGUGCGCUGCCAAGAACAGCCUCGUUCGUAGGUGUGGUUUUUCCUCUCAGUUCCUCGCUUUCGGAAACAAUCAUUUCUUCGACCAGAUCGAUGAGUGCGAGCCGCCACAGCCGGAGGCGUUCAGAACAGACGCCGCUGUCCACGCUCAGGCCAG